UCACUCCGCUCCUCUCACACUGGAACUUCCGGGACGCAGCGGUCCUCUCAAGUAACGACAAGAGGUCGCAAACAGGCGGAAUUAAUUCACAAAAAACACACCGACAAAAAAAAAAAAAAAGAAGCGAAAAAAGGGAAGGAAUUUAUAGAAGCGGAACAAGUGGACGGAAUACAUCUUAUAAAUCAUCACAUUUGUUUCCUAAAAAUCACUGGAAGUUUGGACAUCAUGAGGAUUUUCAGUGUUGUGCUCUUACUGGUUCACGCCUUGGUGGUGUCCAGACCCGCCAGCGGUGCUGCAGUGGACAGGUAUGAGAGCGACAGGCAGCGGCACACAGCCAUUAUAAACCUGGACACAACCAGGAACAGGAGGGUGGAGGAGGAGAGCAGAAGUGUGGAAGCGACAACAGUGGAGUACGGCCAGGAAGGCGAGGAUGAGGAGGAGUACGGUGAUUAUUAUUAUGAAGAUGAGGAUGAAGAUGGCUUGUCUGGAGACUAUGAGGAGUUGCCACGAGUUGCCAUGGUAAGCAAACCCAAAGACCCGUCUGCCAUCCUGGAGGCUGAAAGCACCGAAGGAAACAGGAGGAGAGGAAAGGGAAGAAAGAGGGGGAAAGGCAAGGGGAAGAAGAGGAAUCCUUGCCUGAGGAAGUACAAAGAUUUCUGCAUUCACGGCACCUGCCAGUACCUGAGGGAAAUCCGUGCCGCGUCCUGUGUGUGCCACCCCAGCUACUCCGGGGAAAGGUGUGAGUUCUUCACGUUGCCCCUGGAGAAACCCCAGGAGGGCUACAACCGGACCACAGCUCUGGCGGUGGUGGCGGUGGUGCUGUCGUCCGUGUGCCUCACCAUCAUAGGCCUUUUAUUGUUGCUCAGGUUUCACAAGCGGGGAGCGUAUGAUGUAGAGAGUGAAGAGAAGGUCAAACUAGGUUUAGCGUCCAACCACUGAAGAGACAAAGAGAGGCACAGAUGUGGAAAUUCUACCUCAAAAUAGAAAAAGAGAAGUGAACUGCAAAAGGAGGUCCUGGAGGGGAAAAAGGAUCGUACAUGAAGAAGGGAACAGAGGUUGUUGUCUGCCUCGAACCCUCUGCUAGACGUUCAGAUGUAAAAAGGGCAGGUGAACAUAUUCCUGAAGGCCUCAGAAGAAGUCGGCCCACCUGAAACUGGAAUACUAACGGCCCCGAGGAUGGACUGGAGAUGUGACGAGCAGUUAGGUGACGAGCACGGAGGAAUGAGAAGAAGAAGAAGAAGAAGAAGAAGGAACGCGUCUAGACCCUGCGCUGCUUCUUGACUGUGUGAAAAAAGAGGUCGUGUCAGACUGAACUGAACAAGAUUUUUAACAAUUUUUUUCUCAACAGACAGCAUUUUGUAUUUUCCUGCACAAGUCCAUCUUUUUUUUGUGUACAGUAAACAGUAUAUUUAUAAUUUUAAUUUAUUUAUUUAAGCUAACUGUAUUUAUAGAGAUUUUAACCACCUUCAACCGUUUUUAAAAUAAUGAUGUUACAGUUUUUUUUAUAUUUCUUAUUGGACGCUAUUUAUUUAUGAAACAGAAAAGCAAACAAUGCAGAAGCUCCUUGAGAUAUUAAGUAUUUCCUGCAAAAAAAGGGGGAUGAUGCAUAAAACUAUCUGAUUACUGACUUUAAUUUUGGCACUCGGUAGAUGAUCAAUAGCACUGUGAUUAAAGAAUUGAUCGUUGAAUAGAUAUGAUCGUAUUUUUUGAAAUUAUUGAUUGAGAGCAGUGCUUUUCAGGAACGCCCUGCUCACACUCACACAGUUACACACAUGGAAGCUGCCCAGUACAACCAGUUGGAUGUGUCAGCCACCAAGCAGCUCUGCUGUAGAAGUCGGGGGGCCUUGCUCAAAGGCACGUCAGUGGUGCACUGCUCUUUCACUUCCCCCACCCUAAUGCAUCCCGCAGGUUUGGGGAUCUUCAGGCCACAUUAGUGUUCUGCCUCACUGUUGUCGUAAGAUCAGAUGGACGCCUGCCGUCAUGAUACACUGCACUGGUUAUGUAUUGAUUAAAGGCGACAUACAGACUGUGCACUCAGCGCUUGUAUUGUCAAGAAACUUUAUUAAAAAGGGAGUCAAAUAUCAAAUGCACUGUAGCAAGAAUUUGGUAUGAAUAUGAUGUCAUGUUGUCUUACCUUCAUUCGAGGAGAAACUCCCUCAGAUCCAUGUUAAGCUGUCAAGCGCAAAAAAAAAAAAAAAUGUGAAUUAAAGUGUUCCACCCUUUCAAAUCCUGUCCUGUAGUUUUGAAGUGAUUUUUAUUUAUGUGAUUUUUUUUUCAGAGCAAAAUAAAAAAAAAGUCUAUCCAAA